AUGGAAGAUAUAUACCAUCCUGAGGUAGAUGUUGAAUACCUCGAGGACUAUGUGCCCGGUGGAUACCACCCAAUCGUCAUCGGAGAUAUCUUUUGUAGUGGUCGCUACACCGUCGUUCACAAGCUUGGUUUUGGUGGAUAUUCAAAACUUUGGCUAGCCUGGGAUCAGCAACGCCGGUGCUAUGUAUCGCUAAAGAUACUGACUGCAAGAUCAUCGCCAGAUAGUCACGAGGGGGACAUCCUGCGUUACCUGAUGAAGAGUAACUAUACUCAUUCUGGAAAGCGAUUCAUUCCGCCGCUACUCGACCAAUUCUCGUUUCAUGGUCCAAACGGAUAUCAUCGGUGCUUGGUCGGAGAGCCUGCUGGUGGUAGUAUUGCCUUAUCCGAGAAGAACAGCACAAGUUUCAUGUUUCCACUAGAUGCUGCUAGAUCCACUGCCGCUCAGCUCCUCUUAGGGCUAUCUUACUUGCAUGCAAACGGUGUAUGCCACGGAGGUGAGGAUAACUAG